AUGGAGAUUCCUCUCAGCCUAGGCAUAUUGCCGCUGGCUGCCGCUGGAGGUCUGGUUCUAUGGGUGCUUAGCCUGGCUAUAUACCGAGCGUGCUUUCAUCCUCUCGCCAAAAUCCCUGGCCCUAGGCUGUAUGCUAUAACGGAUCUACCAUACCUCUAUCAUGUCUCCCGUGGCACUUGGGUCAAAAAGCUGCAGGAAUUUCACGAGAAAUAUGGUCAGGUCGUCAGAUUUGGACCCGAAGAUGUUUCUUUCACCACUGCUGAUUCAUGGAAGACGAUUUAUGGACACAAAACAUCACAAAACAAGACAUUCCACAAGGACCUCCGAGUAUACCGCGAAACCAUUUCCGGCGACCGUCACAUUAUCAUUGCGCCUCAUGAGGAUCACAAGCGGAUGCGUCGACUCAUCUCCCACGCGUUCUCCGAGAAGGCUUUGCGAGGUCAAGAGAGUAUAAUGAAGAAGUAUGUCGACUUGCUUAUCUCCAAGACACACGAGAAUGCAAAGAACGGCAAGACGAUCGAUAUUGUCAAAUGGUAUAACUUCACUACGUUUGAUCUCAUUGGCGAUCUUGCCUUUGGCGAGCCUUUUGGCUGCCUUGAGGCUGGAGGCUAUCACCCUUGGGUCGCUAUGAUAUUUGAUGGGCUCCGUAUUGCGUCCUUAGGCCAAGUCGUAAGGCGAUAUCCGUUCCUUGCUCCUCUUCGUUCACUCAUUAUUCCGAAAUGGAUAAGGAAAAAGGCCAAGGAACACUAUCAACUCACCCAACAGACCGCCUUGAAACGCGUACAAUCUGGUGACAAUGGCCGAGAAGAUUUCAUGUCCUACAUUCUUCGUCACAAUGACGAAAAAGGCCUUACCCAGGGGGAACUCGUUGAAAACGCCUCACUUCUGAUCAUUGCUGGCAGCGAAACUACGGCGACACAGCUAAGCGGCACAACUUACCAUCUUAUGACUAACCCCAGUGUUUACAAGAAACUAACCGAGGAGAUACGAUCUACGUUCGGGUCGGAAGACGAGAUCACUCUGGCGGCAGUGAACGAUUUGCAGUAUAUGCAUGCUGUUUUUGAAGAAGGUUUUCGAUUGUACCCCCCCGUUCCUGCAGGGCUGCCUAGGAUCACUCCACCCGGGGGCGAAUUCAUCGAAGGAUACUGGAUUCCAGGCAAGACCAGUGUCUCCGUCUCCCAAUAUUCGUCGUACCACAAUGAACGAAACUUUCGAGACGCGGAGAAGUUCGUCCCAGAACGAUGGCUUGGUGACCCCAAGUACAAGUCUGACAGCCGCGGGGUGCUCAACCCCUUUUCUUAUGGGCCCAAUAACUGCAUUGGUAAAAAUCUUGCAUACGCUGAGAUGCGACUCAUCUUGGCGCGCCUUCUAUGGUCCUUUGACCUUGAGAUGCUGCCCGAAAGUAGAGAUUGGGACCAGCAGAAGAUAUUCCUCCUUUGGGACAAGGGGCCGAUUCAAGUGAAGGUUACGGCCGUGCAGCGAUAA